AUGCAGCAGCUUCUCAACCCGUUUGCGCAAAAGUACCCCGAGGCGGUCGACAGCACGCUCAGCUCACAAGCCGCGAGCGUGCGCUUCAACCAGUCGGGACCGUUUGCCGGACACUACCUCGCUGCUGGCGGGUCUGACGGCCUCGUCGAGGUGUGGGAUGUCGAAAGCCGUGGGGUCGUGCGUGUGCUGGAGGGACACGUCAAGGCGGUGGGAGGCCUGAGCUGGUCACGCAACAACCGCUAUCUCCUCAGUGCAUCACUCGAUGGUACAGCCAUUAUCUGGGACCUUGCCGUUGCCUCGCCUCUUCUGCGACCCCAUAACCCGGCAGGCAGCGCAACCGUCUCGCGGUCAAGGACGAUCCGCUUCGACGCGCCGCUCGCGACGGCCCAGUUCCACCCGCGCAACUCCAACAUCAUCCUCGCGACGCUCACAUGCAACGAGGUCGUGCUGGCCGACUUGAGAGGGGAGGGGAGGCGGGAUGUUCUCGAGGACGUCAUGGAGGGCGAGCAGGACGGCGAGGGACAGAACGACGAAGGAGCAAAUGGCGAGGAAGCAGCCGCUCCAAGAAAGAAGUCCUCUCUUGCUUGUGCGGCAUGGAGCCCAUGCGGUAGCAGGAUAUACGCCGGCACGAGCUCUGGCGUCGUCCUCAUCAUCGACCCCGUGUCGCGACUGGUGCUCAGCCGCAUCCGUGUUGGUACCAGCGGUAUCAGGCAGCUGGCAUUCGACGCCUCGGGACAGAACCUCAUCCUCUCGUCGUCCGACCGCGCCCUGCGUGUCCUCGUGGUCAACCCGCGCACUGGCGAGCUCUUGCCCAUCCACCGCUUCCAGGACAUUAUCAACCGCACGCCCUGGCACGCGGUGGGCUUCUCGGGCGAUGGCGAGUACGUCAUGGGCGGCGCCGGCCACAAGAUGGCGCACAACGUCUUUGUGUGGGACCGCGAGACCGGUGCGCUGGUCAAGGUGCUCGAGGGACCCAAGGAGCCUCUGGUGGACUGUGAUUGGCACCCGACACGGCCGAUCGUCGCGUCUGCGGCUGACUCGGGCGACAUUCAUAUCUGGCAGACACGGAAUCCCGACAAGUGGGCAGCGUUCGCUGCUGGCUUUGAGGAGCUGGAGGAGAACGUCGAGUAUGACGAGCGGGAGGACGAGUUUGACAUUGAAGACGAAGACGAGCAAGCGCGCAAGAAGAAUGUGGCCGAGGACGAGGUCAUUGACGUGCUCUCCCCGCAGGACGACUACCCGCAGCGCCCGCAGCCGCUGUACGACAUCCACGAGGAUGGCGACGACGACGACAGCGACGACGCGCGCAUGGCGCGCAUGGUGCGUGCUGCGGCCGAGUGGGCCGCGCAGGGCCCAGACGACGAUACCUGGGAUGGGUUCUACCUGUCCCUCGACCUCCUCGAUCCGCCGCCAAACGAGGAGAACCGCGACGACUAG